CGAACCUUAGAGGUUCUCAUUUUACACUGAGCAAGCCAGGGCCAGGGCGGGAGGCCGAGGCAGGUCCACUGAGGGGAGCUGGGGCCCACCCAGGCCCCAGGCCUUGCCCGUCGUCUUCCCAGCUGUUUGCUUGGUCUCCCCCGGAUAUUUUCCUUGGCUUUUCCCAUGUGUCCUGCCUCCCAUCUGACUAUCAAGUGGGAGGACCCCUUGCCUCGUUCAGGACUCUGGGCAAGGGGGGCUCCGAGUCCCUGGAUUGCCAACUGGCUGAGGACGAAGAGGACCACUUGUGCCUCCUCGCCUGACGCCCCCAGAACUGAGACCUGUGCUGGUAACCAUGCCCCGCCCACAGGUGAACGGCGUCUGCAUGGAGGGCAAGCAGCACGGGGAUGUGGUGUCUGCCAUCAAGGCUGGCGGCGAGGAGACCAAGCUGCUGGUGGUGGACAAGGAGACCGAUGAGUUCUUCAAGAAAUGCAAAGUGAUCCCGUCUCACGAGCACCUGCAUGGUCCCUUGCCUGAGCCCUUUACCAAUGGGGAGAUCCAGAAGGUAAAGGAGAACAGUUAUGAAGCCCUGUCUGAGGUGGCCUCCGAGAACCCCAGGCCAGCCCUGGCACGGUCCGCCUCUAGCGAUACCAGCGAGGAGCUGAACUCCCAAGACAGCCCCAAGAAGCAGGACUCCGCAGCACCCUCAUCUACCUCCUCCUCCGACCCCAUCCCAGACUUCAACAUCUCCCUGGCCGUGGCCAAAGAGAGGGCCCACCAGAAGCGCAGCAACAAACGGGCCCCGCAGAUGGACUGGAGCAAGAAAAACGAACUCUUCAGCAAUCUCUGAGCGCCUCCUCGCACCACCCAGCAAGCUGGAAGGGCUGGGCCCGUACCCCACCCAACCCCCCCUCCUCCCCACUGACCCCUGAAUGGCAAACAAAUCAGCACCAGCAGCCCCCUCUUGGCAAAUGUGAUUCUUCUAGAGAACUGUUGAUUGAUCAAGGACCGGGAUUGCAGCAGCCACAGCAUUUCAAGCGCUGUGGGUUGAGUAUCUUAUUUUUGUUCAUUGGAUUUUUUUUUUUUUUGAGUUCAGAGUAGAGGGAUUUUUGUCUCCUGAUUAACAUGAUUUUCCAGGUUGCUGCAUGCAAGACAUAGCAGCGGCCUCAGCCUUAGACUUUCUUGUUUCUACUCCCACCACAGAAACCCUGGCAGGUGGGGGAGGGUUUGGCCCCUCCCUGGCCAGCCCUGAACCAGGCACCACCAUUGUAAGGAAACUCCACCAGAAAUUCAACUGGUUUCUCCAAA